CAAGAGACAGGAAGUUUACACAGAGCAAAACCAUUCGUUUAGAUCCGUUUCCAAAACAGCGGGAGAUGCUGUUAUCAGGACUCUGUUGUGCAAAAAGCAAGCUAUAAAAGUCUCUCCCUGGCGUGGGUGUCUCCUUUUUCCACUGGAAAAGGAUCCUAAACUGAUCGGAGGCCUUGGGACACCAGCGUGAAUCCCAGUGAUGGAGGAAUUCACGUGGGCAAUGCCCAGCUCGUGGCAGAGGACAAUGGAGCUGGGGGGGAUCUGAGAGCAGCUGGUUGAUCUGGAAAGCCUCAGCUGUCUUGGUAGCUACAGGAUCUGCUUUGGGGGCUGGCAAGUUUCCUCCGGGAGCCAACAGGAAAGGACACUGCUGGCCGUUUUAGCAGCCAUGGAUCUUGGCUGAAGGCUAAGAAAACCCUGCAGACACAGAGGUCUCGGCAUCGCUACUGACUGUGUCCUGAGGCUGGGGCUGCUUUCCUUCCAGCAUCACACAUCCCUACUGAGGUUACCUGCGUUCUCACUUUUGGAACGUUGGGUCCUGUUUCCCAGCGUGCCUGGUCAUUCCUGGUUGAAGACGUGGAUGAGGCGUUCACUUCUAGCAGACGCGUCUGAGCACAUCACCUUGGUCAAGUAGAGAGAGGCAGAAACUUUCCCGAUGUCUUCCGACGAUGUCCAGAUUUUUGUGCCAAUGUCGCAAAAAAACAGCAACGGCCUCCCUGGGACAGCCACCAACGACCUGAAGACACCGAAUGAGGGAGCCGUGUUAAGUUUUCAUAACAUCCGCUAUCGCGUAAAAGUCAAGAGUGGCUUUCUGCUGUGUCGAAAAACAGUUGAGAAGGAAAUCCUGUCAGACAUCAAUGGGAUCAUGAAGCCUGGCCUCAAUGCCAUCCUGGGACCCACAGGUGGAGGCAAAUCUUCGUUGUUGGAUGUCUUGGCUGCCAGGAAAGAUCCACAUGGGUUGACUGGAGAUGUUUUGAUAAACGGAGCACCACAGCCUGCCAAUUUCAAGUGUAAUUCGGGUUAUGUGGUACAAGAUGACAUCGUGAUGGGCACUCUGACGGUGAGAGAAAACUUGCAGUUCUCCGCAGCGCUUCGGCUUCCAACCACUAUGUCGAACCAUGAAAAAAAUGAACGGAUUAACAAGGUCAUUCGAGAGCUGGGUCUGGAAAAAGUGGCAGAUUCCAAGGUUGGCACUCAGUUUAUCCGUGGGGUGUCCGGAGGGGAGAGGAAAAGGACCAGUAUAGGAAUGGAGCUCAUUACGGAUCCUUCCAUCUUGUUCCUGGAUGAGCCCACCACCGGCUUAGACUCAAGCACAGCAAAUGCAGUCCUUCUGCUCCUGAAAAGAAUGUCUAAGCAGGGCCGAACCAUCAUCUUCUCCAUUCACCAGCCUCGGUAUUCCAUUUUCAAGUUGUUUGAUAGCCUCACCUUACUGGCCUCAGGAAAACUCAUGUUCCAUGGACCGGCUCAGCAGGCUUUGGAGUACUUCGCAUCAGCUGGUUACCGCUGUGAGCCCUACAACAACCCUGCGGACUUCUUCCUGGAUGUCAUCAAUGGAGACUCCUCUGCUGUGCUGUUAAGCAGAGAGGAAGAGGGCAGUGAAGCCAACAGGACUGAAGAGCCUUCUAAGAGAGAGAAGCCACUCAUAGACACGUUAGCCGAGUUUUAUACCAACUCCUCCUUCUACAGAGAAACAAAAGCGGAACUAGACCAACUCACAGGGGCUCAGAAAAAGAAGAGGAGCAUAGCCUUUAAGGAGAUCACCUAUGUCACCUCCUUCUGUCAUCAGCUCCGCUGGAUCAUCAGACGUUCAUUCAAAAAUUUACUGGGCAAUCCCCAGGCCUCCAUAGCUCAGAUAAUGGUCACAACUUUAUUGGGACUGGUCAUAGGUGCCAUUUACUUUGGGCUAAAAAAUGAUUCUACUGGAAUCCAGAAUAGAGCUGGGGUGCUCUUCUUCCUCACCACCAACCAGUGCUUCAGCAGCGUGUCAGCCGUGGAGCUCUUUGUAGUGGAGAAGAAGCUCUUUAUACACGAAUACAUCAGUGGAUACUACAGAGUGUCAUCUUAUUUCUUUGGAAAACUGUUUUCUGAUUUACUACCCAUGCGGUUGUUGCCGAGUAUUAUAUUUACUUGUAUAAUAUACUUCAUGUUAGGGUUGAAACCAACGGCAGAAGCUUUCUUCAUCAUGAUGUUUACCCUUAUGAUGGUGGCGUAUUGCGCCAGUUCCAUGGCGCUGGCCAUAGCAGCAGGUCAGAGUGUGGUGUCUGUGGCCACGCUUCUCAUGACCAUCUCGUUCGUGUUCAUGAUGAUUUUCUCGGGCCUGUUGGUAAAUCUCACAACCAUUGCAUCUUGGCUGUCAUGGCUUCAGUACUUCAGCAUCCCUAAAUAUGGCUAUACCGCUUUGCAGUAUAAUGAAUUUUUGGAACAGAACUUCUGCCCAGGACUCAAUGUCACGACAAACAGUACCUGUGACUUUGCAAUAUGUACUGGCGAAGAGUAUCUGACCAAUCAGGGCAUCGAUCUCUCGCCUUGGAGCUUGUGGAAGAAUCACGUGGCUUUGGCUUGUAUGAUGGUCAUCUUCCUCACAAUCGCCUACCUAAAACUGUUAUUCCUUAAAAAAUAUUCAUGAAUUCCCCUUUAAUUUACCAUGAGUUGUCCUAACAUUAAAAAGGAGCUAUUUGAUGUAUUUUAA